AUGCGGUUCUUCUAUACAUAUUGGUAUAAUCCCAACGAGAUCCUUGUGCACAUCUUGUCCAUAGUAUUCUCUCACUUCUUUAUCUACAGAACAUUAUUUUUAUGUGUAAGCAGAGGUAUUCUGGUGUCUUCUCUGGUCUUCUUGGUCUUUCCAUCAUUUAGUGUUUUCAUAUCUAUCUAUCUAUCUAUCUAUCUAUCUAUCUAUCUAUCUGUGUCUUUUCAUAUUUCUCUCUCUCAGUGUUUUCAUAUCUAUCUAUCUAUCUAUCUAUCUAUCUAUCUAUCUAUCUAUCUAUCUAUCUAUGUCUUCUCAUAUCUCUCUCUCUCAGUGUUUUCAUAUCUAUCUAUCUAUCUAUCUAUCUAUCUAUCUAUCUGUGUCUUUUCAUAUCUCUCUCUCAGUAUUUUUCAUAUCUAUCUAUCUAUCUAUCUAUCUAUCUAUCUGUGUCUUUUCAUAUCUCUCUCAGUAUUUUCAUAUCUAUCUAUCUAUCUAUCUAUGUCUUUUCAUAUCUCUCUCUCAGUGUUUUCAUAUCUAUCUAUCUAUCUAUUUAUCUAUCUAUCUAUCUAUCUAUCUAUCUAUCUAUCUCAGACUUUCUUUAUCUCUCACAGACUUUUCCUAUCUAGCUAUAUUCUCUCUCAGUCUUUUCAUAUUUAUCCCAGUGUUUUCAUAUCUAUCUAUCUAUCUAUCUAUCUAUCUAUCUAUCUAUCUAUCUAUCUAUCUAUCUAUCUCAGGCUUAGUUGUAUCUAUCUAUCUAUCUAUCUAUCUAUCUAUCUAUCUAUCUAUCUAUCUAUCUAUCUAUUCUUUUCAUAUCUAUCUAUCUAUCUAUCUAUCUAUCUAAGCCUGUUUAUUACAAUAGUUAAAUCUAUCUAUCUAUCUAUCUAUCUAUCUAUCUAUGUAAUCCCUUUUAAUAUUUUUAAUUCUUUUUUCGUUUAUUUUUUAAAUUUUAAUUCAAAAACUCAAUCUGUCAUUCUUCCCUCUCUCAUUUACCUUCAAUACAUAUUUCUUUCUUUUCUUUUCUUUCUCUCUUUCUUUUUCUUCCAUUCUUUUAUUUUCUUUCUUUCUUUUCUUUUCUUUUCUUUUCUUUCUCUCUUUUUUUUCUUCCAUUCUUUUAUUUUCUUUCUUUUAUUUUUCUUUAUUUUAUUUUCUUUCUCUUUCUUUUUCUUCCAUUCUUUUAUUUUCUUUUUUCUUUUAUUUUCUUUCUUUCUUUUCUUUUCUUUUCUUUUCUUUUCUUUUCUUUCUCUCUUUCUUUUUCUUCCAUUCUUUUAUUUUCUUUCUUUUAUUUUCUUUCUUUCUUAUAUUUUUUCUUUAUUUUAUUUCCUUUCUCUUUCUUUUUCUUCCAUUCUUUUAUAUUCUUUCUUUCUUUUAUUUUCUUUCAUUCUUUUAUUUUCUUUCUUUUAUUUUCUUCCAUUCUUUUAUUUUCUUUCUUUCUUUUAUUUUCUUUCUUUCUUAUAUUUUUUCUUUCUUUUAUUUUCAUUCAUUUAUUUUCUUUCGUCUUUAUUUUCUUUCUUUCUUUUAUUUUCUUUCUUUCACUUUCAAUAUUCUCCCACCAAAAAGAUAAAAAUGGUAGAACGGAAUAGAUUUGGGUUGAAAAGAACACCUGAACAUUUGCCAAUAGGAGACGAAGCCACACAGAAGUAA